UGUUCGGUCUGCGCUGAGGCAGGCGGUACGGCAGUGAGCCAGCCAGGCAGGCAGCCAGGCAGGCAGCCAGGGAGGCGCGGGCCCCAGCCGGUGAGGCCUGAGCGGCGGACGGCGGACGGUCGUCAGAAGCGAAGCGGCCGCCCGGCGAGCAGGACGUAACCCCCGGCGCGAGUGAGUGUGUGUGUAUUUCCGCGCGUGUGCAGCCAGUGCUCAACGAGUGUGUGCUCAGUGCCAUCAUGUGUGACAACCGGGAUGACCUCUGACCUCACCCUCGCCAUCGUCACCGCCAUCAUCGUCUUCAACGCGUGCUCAGUCACGUGCGCAUUUGGAUUGAAUUAACCCUUCUUCUGCUUCAACUAAGCAAACUCGCAGAGCCGUGCGACGCAGCGCCCCACUCCCGCCAUGCUGGUCACCUCCUCGCUGGCGCUCACCGAGCUGCAGCGGAGCGUGGGCGCCUUCACCCUGGUGCAGCGGCGGCAGCACGCGCUCAGCCUCAAGCAGCAGCAGCUCAGGGAGCAGCUCCGGGAGCAGCUCAGGGAGCAGGAGCACGAUAACAGCCACGGCCCGCUCAUGCUGGGCCCGGUGAUCCCGGGGCCGUACGGCCCCUACCUGUGGCCGCCGCUGCUGCUGCCCAGCGCGCUGUCCGGCUCUCACGCGCCGCGCAGCCCGUGCUCGCAGCGCUCCGUGUCGCCGCGAUCGCGGUCGCCGCUGGGCUCCCCAGGCAGCGCGUCCCCGACGUCGCCGACCUCCCCGGGGCCGUCGCCGUCGCCCGACUCCAACGGGCGCAUCGGCCGCUGGCCCUGGUACCGCAGCGCCUGGGACGAGCUGCGCUCCCGGCACUGCAGCCCGCCUCGCCGAGGGACGCGCCUGGACUCUGAGAGCGACGACCUCGAGGAGGAGGAGCGGCCGCUGGACCUGUGCACCAAGAAGCCCUGCCGGCCGCAGCCGCUGCCCGUGCUCCAGCGCACGCCCCGCACGCCGCAUUCGCUGGGCGCGCACGCCCCGCACGGCAUCUGGUCGCCCGCCUCCGAGGUGGAGCACGACCCCCUGCCGCUGGGCCUGCCCCUCACCCCCGUCACCCCCGAGUCUCGAUGUAGGCUCUGGCACCUCCCAUCGGACGGCGACGUCAGCUCGGCCGCCGGCAGCCCGCUGCCCUACCCGACGACGCCUCCGAUCACGCCCAGCCCCGCGGCCAGCCCCGCGACGCGCGCGCCUGCCUCCUCCACCACCGAGCGGCCGGGCAGGACCUUCCAGUGUAAGCAGUGCGGCAAGACGUUCAAACGGUCGUCCACGCUGUCCACCCACCUCCUCAUCCACUCCGACACCCGGCCUUACCCGUGCUCCUACUGCGGGAAGCGCUUCCACCAGAAGUCGGACAUGAAGAAGCACACCUACAUCCACACAGGCGAGAAGCCCCACAAGUGCGUGGUCUGCGGCAAGGCGUUCAGCCAGUCGUCCAACCUCAUCACGCACAUGCGCAAGCACACGGGCUACAAGCCCUUCUCGUGCGGCCUCUGCGAGAAGGCCUUCCAGCGCAAGGUGGACCUGCGGCGCCACCGCGAGACGCAGCACCCGGACGCGCCCGCCCUGCCGGCCGGGCCGCCGCGCCGCGCCCCGCAGCCCGCGCCCCUCGACCACCAGCGCCACCAGCAGCAGCUGCAGCAGCUUCAGCAGCAACAUCAUCAUCAACAGCAGCAGCAGCAGCAGCAGCAGCAGCAGCAGCAGCAGCAGCAGCAGCAGCAGCAACAGCAUCAACAGCAGCAGCAGCAGCAAACCUCGCCGCUCAGGCCGGACGACGUGUCGAGCAGCAGCAGCUGAAGACCACGGAGCGCCGGCACGCGGCCUGCUGCAGAGAGCUGUGAUACCCCCUCACCCCCCCCCCCCUUCAACCCCCUUCCGCAGUCGACGGUAACAUACCCUUGUUGACCCGGUGAAACGAGUCAAGCCCCAAGGAGCGCCGCGCCCCGCGCGGACGACAACGCCGCCGCGCCCCGCUGCAUCGAUCCGAGAGGGCUUGUCAAUGUUUCAUCGCCUGCACACGAGCAGCAACAAGCCAGGCCGGGGCAGGCCAGACUACGCCACGCCACGCCACUUGGUAAUUAGUAGCGGCAUGGCCAGUACUCUGGGGGAAAUGUUCGCGCGGACAGCGGGCGGGCGUUCUCAUUAUGCCCGUUAUCGUCCGAAUCCAUCGACGUCCAAAACGAUAGCAUUUAUUAUUAGUUGUUAGUCAGAGGAAAACCAAAGGAACUGAUUAGAGUGCGGUGGUCGCCGGGGAGAGACGCAGCCGCGCCGCGCGCAGCACCCGCGCCUCCUCGCGCGAGUUCCGACUCGUUUUUGUCGCCAGGGUGCUUUUUGUGAGAAAUGUCGGAUGCCUAGCCGCUGAUGCUACGGCCUGGCAUUUACGCCCCGCCUCAGUUGUCGGAAAAUGGGACCAAGUUUCUUUCCGACACUUAACGUGACAGUUCUAGUCUUCGACGUUUAAGCUCCAAAGGUCUUUACAGAAAAAAAUAUAUUCUUUUGAAUUAAACCAAAAAAGAUUCUAGUACGUUUUGAAAAUAUUUUACUUUUAGUAAGAGGGUACGGUCGUUACCUCACCUUUCCUAAGGUUUCUAGUUUACGGCUGUAAAUGUACAUUUUUAUUUUUAAAUCUAAAUCACUAAGAAUUGAACGCCAAUAUAUCAUGCACUCUUGUCAAUAGCUGCACGUACGUUGUGUUUUUGUCUAGUUGUAGCGCAUAGCGCGCAUGUAAAGUCAUUUUAUUUUCUCAAUCCGUCCAUCAUCACAGCUAGCACACCAAAGAGCUUGUAUUCUAGUUAAGAGAUUUAAGACGUGAGAUUUUCAUGAAGCAUCUCCAUUUCGUUGUACAUUCCACUUGUCAAUAAGGGGAGGAAGCCAUUUCUCACCCACUUGUAUGAAUUAAUUUAGGUGAGAUCCUUGCAAAGGGUUGAUAAACUAUUUUUUAUGUCUUGCUAUGUUUAAGUUUUAAGGGCAUACUUUUGUGACUUGUACUAUACUAAUUUCUGCCCCCAUGUAAACUGAACCUGGAAUCAUUCAUUGUAUCUGUAGGGUGCUUUUAUUUGUCAACUACCAUUAGAUAUCCCAGGAUUGGAAAUGUCAAAAGGUAUGUGAAAUAAAAUUGUUAUACUUCUUUA